UUAAACCUUGUACUAUUGAAAAUGCUCUUAAUCUCAUUGAAAAAUCGAGGAUCGAAUCCACUGCCAUCUCUAUCCAUAUCCGUAGCGUGACGCGUCCGGAACACGUGUUACGACGGCGUAGCUUCAGUGUAGAAGCCUAGAAGGGUAAAAUGUCCUCCCUUUCCCUUUCCAAUCCCCACGCCGCCACAACAAUAUCGCAUUGACAUAUCGUUCAUCGGAUCCAGUCCUCUCCCGGGAUCUCCUCCGGCUAUAAAUUUCCGGCCCCAAUUCACCCAAUCCAGAUGCGCAAACAUCGAAUCGUCUCGCUAGUGGCUGCCCUACUCGUGCUGCUUGCCCUCGCCGCCGUUUCCUCCACGCGCAGCGCACAAAAGGAGUCCGCGGCUGACAACGCCGGGAUGUUGGCAGGCGGCAUCAAGGACGUGCCGGCGAACGAGAACGACCUCCAGCUCCAGGAGCUCGCGCGCUUCGCCGUCAAUGAGCACAACCAAAAGGCCAAUGCUCUUCUGGGGUUCGAGAAGCUUGUGAAGGCCAAGACACAAGUGGUUGCUGGCACGAUGUACUAUCUCACUAUUGAAGUGAAGGAUGGCGAAGUCAAUAAGCUCUAUGAAGCUAAGGUCUGGGAGAAGCCAUGGGAGAACUUCAAGCAGCUGCAGGAAUUCAAGCCUGUUGAAGAGGGUGCUAGCGCCUAAGGAUCUGUCGUCUCCCUGUGCAAUUUGCUGCCUGAAGCGCAAAACUAAGUUGCAGAAUAAGGAGCUGCUUCGGAACAUGCCAGAGCAUGCACCCUCGCGUAUUUUCAUAAAAUCAGUGCUCUUAAUGUAAUAUCUUGAAUUGCCGUGCCAUGUGUAAUAAGUAAUAUCAUGAAUAACAGUUGCUAUUAUGGGUUCUAAAUGUGUAUUAACAGCCAUCCAUGGCAGAGUUCUCAUAUU